AUGACAACUUCAUCAAACGAGGUCAAAAAUGAAAACCAAACCAUCCUCCCAUUUACCCCAUCGGAUGAACUGUCUUCAACUCAAGAAUCUGUGAAUUCACGAAGUAACACAGAACCUGUUUCUAAUCAGUCUUCUGUUGAACGAAGGACCUGGGAGUUCAUUUGGAAGACUUUCAUCAUAGUGUCAGUACAGAUUACAAUUGUGUGGGAAAUCUGCGCUCUUGUGUUACUUGUUUCGCAAAUUUAUGAAUGGAUGAAAGAAAAUACUUGGUUUUCAUGGACGUGUGGAAUUCUGGGAACAGUUCUACAACUUGAGAUGCUACUGAUACCGCAGUUACAGUUUGCCUUCCGCUAUAAUUAUAUCUACUUGAUAAUUGCUACAAUAAUCGUUGCCUUUGCUGCAGCUGUUCCACUCAUCGACUUACCAUUCUGGUGGACAUUUGUCACAUGGAUAAUUACUGUGAUUAUUGCGGGAAUUGUAGUAGCUGUCAGUGUCGUCAACAGAUUCGAUGUGCUCAAGAGUUUUGGGGAGUUCAUACUUGUCACUUUCAUUGUGGAAUUGGCCUUUGUUAUAAUAUUCUUCCCUUUCAUAUUCUUGCGAGAAUUUGACGAGAUAGCUAUCAUUGUUCAAGCACUUCUUGGCGAUAGACGAUUCACAUUUCAAGAUAAUCAACACGUACUCUGUGGACUGAUAAUUGCCAUGUUAAUUAUUUGGCUACAUUUGCUCGUUUCAACGGAGGUGGCCAUCUUCAUCGUAUCAAUAAAUCGUACAGAGGAAACCGGUGGGCGUCGUCUAUUUGGCACAAGUGCUGAUAAAUAUUUGGAAUUGUA